AUGUCACUCGCGAAGAAUCCCAAAUCGAACUUUGUGAUCAAGGAAUGUAUCGCAAACAUUCUCGCUGCCUCUUGUCAUACCUCUGAACAUCAGAACAUCAUGAAAGACCUUGGUGCAAUCUCAUUAAUCGCUUCCUUCAUCUACGAAACGACGAACCCCUACCAGGUUCGCCUUGCGGCGCUCAACUGGCUGGCACAGCUUUGCCACGACAAUGUCGAGGUGUCGGCGCUGGUGGCCUGUGAAACCUACUCUGGCCGGGCACUGCUUGACCUGCUCUUUGAGAUGAUGAGCCAGAACAACACCUACGAGAUGCAGCUCUACUCGGCCAAGUGCAUGACCUUCAUCUACCGCUCAAAUGCCAUCUAUUCUAGUGAUUCUCGGCUGCUCUUUCGCACACUGCCGACGUUGAUUAUGCUCUGCAAGAAGGACCGCCUUCCCGCCCUUCGCGCCCAGGCCGCCGACGUCCUCGCCACUCUGACGCAGGUGGACGUCGGUCUGCAGCAGCACGCCAGCAUUUGUGAUCAACUGGUGGCCUCUCUCAGCGACAUGCUUCGACAAUCCUCCACCUUGGCCGGCAGGGUGAAUGCCGGCACUGCUGGUGCCGCCGCCUCCAACAACAACAACAACAGCACUGGCGGCCUGGAGGCAAGUCAUCGACAGAAGAGCAUCAACAGUAUCAGNAUCAACAACAACAACAGCACUGGCGGCCUGGAGGCAAGUCAUCGACAGAAGAGCAUCAACAGUAUCAGUGAGAUGUCGAGCAGUCAUUCGUCGAGCAUCGACGAGCCGAUGGUCACUGACGGCGACCAGUCAGAGUCCUUCUUUGAAUCGCCCAGCUGUACAGACAUUCGCGAGGCGGCCUUCAAGGCGUUCGCCUCUCUGGGCGCCAACGACGAGGAGAUUCGCAAGAAGAUCAUCGAGACGGAGUUUCUAAUGGACGAGCUGAUGGCCGCCCUCGACGAGAAGGACAGUCGCGUCAGUCUGGCGGCGCUGCAGUGUCUGCACAGUCUCUCGCGGUCAGUGCAACAGCUGAAGACGACCUUCCAAGAUCACGCCGUGUGGGUACCGCUGCGAGGUCUGCUCGACAACAAGCGCGACGAGGUGCUCAACCUGGCGUCAAGCUGUCUCUGCAACCUCCUCUUAGAGUUCAGUCCUAGCAAGCAGGUCAGUAUGCAUUUCCUCGACAGGCAAGCAGUUGAGCUGCUCUGCGAUCUGACGCGUCGCGAGGACCCAAACAUUCGCCUGAACGGCGUCUGGGCCUUGAUGAACAUGGCCUACCAGGCUGACCAGGGAGUGAAGAACCAGAUACUGAACUGCCUCGGCACCGACCAGAUCUUUCGCCUGCUCUCCGACACUGACGUCAACAUUCUCAUGAAGACGCUCGGACUGCUGCGGAACUUGCUGUCAACUAAAGCGCACGUGGACACGAUAAUGAACCAGCACGGCAAGCAGAUCAUGCCCGCCAUAAUACUCAUCCUCGAGGGCGAGCACAGCAGCGAGGUGAAGGAGCAGGCGCUGUGCAUUCUGGGGAACAUUGCCGACGGCGACUCCGCCAAGGAGUACAUCAUGUCCAAUGAGGACAUUCUCAAGAAGCUCACCUCCUACCUGAUGAACUCUAAUGUGAAUCUGCAAACGGCGGCCACCUUUUGCAUUAACAAUCUGGUGUGGAGCGAAGAGGAGGGCGCCAUCACCCGACAGGAGCGCCUCAAGGAGCUGCAGAUUCCCAAGAUUCUCGGCGGCAUGCUGAACACGCCCAAUGCCGGACUCUUUGAUCGUGUCAAGUUGGCACUGCAGCAGUUUAACGGCAACGGCCUGAAUCCCUGA